CACUGUCAAGUAUACAUGAUAAAUGACGGUCAGUGUAAAAGACAAAAAUAUUGAUAAAGCCGCACGCAUAAGAUAGCAACAGCUAAAGUUUCAUUUUAUUUGUUAUCGACAACGACGGUUAGGUAAUAUGUGAAAACAGACAAAAAUUUAACCGGACACCGCGAAACUUACAGUUUUUACUUUAUGUAAAGACUGUUGCACUGUACAUUAAUCUUCAUCUCGUUGGCGAUGACCUUAAAACUGAGUACCGUCGUAUGGAUCUACCUCAGCGUGUGCCAAGUGAUUCAAUUUGCUGACAGCGCGAACAUUGUGUUCUUCUUUGGUGUGUCGUCUUACAGUCACCGUAUCCCUGCAUGGCCACUAGCUGAGGAAUUAGCAGAGCGUUCUCACAAUGUUACAUUCGUUUCUCCAUAUUCUGCUAAGAACCCGAAUCCAAAAAUUUUCGACUAUGUCCCCGAAACAUUGAAGAAAUGGGUGGAUAGUUGGGGUGAUAUAGAGAAUGUCUUUGAGGAUCGUAAAAAAGGAGAUUGGAGUAGUGUGUGGAUUACACUGCCAAUGUUCGGCAUAAUGAUGUGCGAAGUUAUAUAUAAAGAUGAGGAGUAUGUGCGUUGGGUUAAGAGUGUUAAAGUUGAUUUACUAAUUAUUGACGCCUUGGGAAAUGAUUGCGCUUACGGAAUGGCCCAUUAUUGGGGUGCAAAGGUGAUUUUAUUUGAUACAGCUGCUCCAUUUGGAUAUUUCUCCGAAACGUAUGGUCUACCUGAUGAAACUAGUUGGAUUCCUAGCAUGGAAUUAGCUUAUCCAACCGAAAUGUCAUUCUCACAGCGACUUACGAAUGCUGUACUUCCUCUAGCCUGGCAUUAUUAUCGAAAAUGGUACUUCUUUCCGACUUUAGCCGAAAUAACGAGUGAUAAGCUUGGAAUUACAAAUCUACCGAGGUUUGAGGAAUUGGAACGUAAUACCAGUCUUGUUUUCUUAAAUACUCAUUACGGAGAAGAGUUUCCCAGAUCGCUACCGCCAAAUAUAGUUUCUGUCGGAGGCAUUGCCUACACAGGAAAAACAAAGCCACUUCCUAAAGACAUGGAAGACUUUUUGGAUAAAGGUGAUGGUUUCAUAUACAUGAGCUUUGGCACGUAUGCUGAAUUCAACAAAUUCGAUGUAUCCAUUCAACAAGCAUUUAUUGGAGCGAUGCAAAAUUUGCCACACAUUCAAUUUCUAUGGAAAGUGGAAAAUGUUUCCCUUAUCGAAGAGUUUCCCAAAAAAAAUGUGUACAUAGGCAAGUGGAUGCCACAACAAGACAUUCUUGCUCAUCCCAAAAUUCGAGCUUUCAUCACACAUGCGGGCUUGAUAGGCAUUCAAGAAGCCAUUUACAAUUCGGUACCACUUAUCAGCUUUCCAAUCUUUGCCGAUCAAGAUUAUAACGGUGAGAGAAUUCACCGCAAAGAAUGUGGCAUUCGUUUGGAAAUACUCACCGUCACUCAGUCAGUGUUGGAGGAAGCUAUACAAAAAAUUUUGGGUGAUCAAAAGUAUCGGAAUAAUAUGAAAAAAAUUUCGGAAAUGUUUGCCGAUCGACCUCUAAAGCCAUUAGAAACUGCGUUAUGGUGGACAGAUUUUGUUAUACGCCAUAGCACGGAAGAUCUUUCGGCUCUUCGACCAUUAAACAUUGGACAAUCUGGAUGGAAAAGAAGACAGUUGGAUGUAUGGGCAGCUAUCAUAGUAGCAAUGUUAGUAUUUAUGUUCUUGUUAAGUUAUGCGAUGUACCGAACAGUGAAAUAUUGUACUAAGACUAGCCCAUCUUCGGCCAAAUCAAAACACAAAGCCUCAACUAGGCGGAAAAAGGGGCAAUAAAUCUUAUUCUUAAUCGCA